GCUGCCCUAGGGCAAGCUGGCUAGCGACAGCAAGACGACGGGUGCGUAGUACACGUACCGCAGAGAAGCGGGCGAUGGAGAAGGGAGCGUUGAACCGCCUGCGAAGCUCGAGCGCCCACAUGUACAGCAUCUCGGGCCAGCGCACAGCCGAGAACCAGGCCAUGAAGAUGAACACGUUCCCCGCCGACAUUGGCGCGCCCGUGCAGGACGCGGGCGAGGCCGCCGCCGUCGACGAGAUGCCCAGCCUCCCGGCGACGCUGCUGCGCACGCACCAGCGGUCGAUCGACGAGACCAUGGUGUGGUCGACGGUCACGCCGACCGAGAUUGCACCGACGGCGUCGAGCGACGAGAACAGUGUCGUGUCGCGCAUUGCAACGCUCUCGGUGCUGCGCGACCAAGGCUUCAUUGACGAAGACGAGUUCCAGCGGCGGAAGAAAGCCAUCAUCGACGAGCUCACGUACCCGCGCCGGAUAGGCGGCCGGGGCGCGCUGCAGCCCGGCGCGGGCCUCCCGCUCAUCGUUGCGCACCCGCCCAACUUUGGCGGCCUCGUUCCCGAGGACGCAAUUCGACACAUGUUCAACUAUACGACGCGGCAAUGGGAAACCUCCAAGGUGACCAUCGUGCUGGACGAGACGCCGUUCGCAAAGGGCAGUUUGCGGCUCGUGUACCAUCUCCAAGACAUCACCGAGGCCGCGACCACGUAUGUCGCCAAGGUCGCGAUCGACCCGGACGAGGACCCAGAGACGUACUUUCGCGACAUUGAGCUCCAAGCCCACUGCGCCCACUACGCCGAGAUGUACAACGAGUACAAACCGCCCAAGCGCGUCGCGUUCAUCGAAGCGUGGGUGCUCGAGCUCAAGCAGCGGAGCGGCGCGCUCUGCGCGGUUGAGCGCUACAUCCCCGGCGAGUACCGCAAGCACAACAACAAUUUUGGCAGCGUCAGCGACGAAGAGCGCAACACGCCGCAGGCCUUUUCUCAUUUUACGUACGAAGUGUCCAACCACGAGCUCCUCGCCGUCGACAUUCAAGGCGUUGGCGACCGGUACACGGACCCGCAGAUUCACACGCUCAACGGCCACGACUUUGGGAAAGGCAACCUCGGCGCGCUCGGGUUUCAGAAAUUUCUGCACUCGCACCGGUGCAACUCGAUCUGCACGUACCUCAAGCUGCCGCCCGUCAACCCCAAGGAGCGCUACAAGGACUAUGGCACGGUGCCCGUGCAGGAGCUCAUGAACUCGGACCGCAUCAAGGAGGUGCGCUUCGAGAGCAAGCACUACUAUGAGAACGCGCCCAUGCUGCAAAAAUACGUGGCGCAGUGCAAGGAAGACGAGUCGGCGCACCCGACGGCGUCGACGCGAGCGUGUCAUUUCUGCGGCCUCUGUGCCAUCCAAUAA